AUUGAGGUUAUGUUUACCUUCAAAAGAUGCAAUUUAUAACAUUAAAUUAAUUACGAGAACAAUGUUUAUUAGUAUCAAUUAUAUUUCUAAAUUACUACGAUUACCUCUUUUUAUAAACAAGUUAAACUCGCCUCAUUUAGCAGCCCAAUUUAGAUAUUUUCGGACUUCUCGCACUCACCGUCAUGGAGAAUACGAAUGGCAAGAUCCCAAGUCUGAAGACGAAAUAGUAAACAUAACCGUAGUGUUAAAAGACGGCGAAAAAGUGCCAGUUAAAGGUAAAAUAGGCGAUAAUUUGCUUUAUUUAGCUCAUCGUUUUCAAGUCCCCAUGGAAGGAGCUUGCGAAGCAUCUCUGGCUUGUACCACAUGCCAUGUAUACGUAAAAAGUAAGCAUUUAGAAAAACUACCCGAAGCAACCGAGACCGAAGAAGACUUGUUGGAUAUGGCCCCGUUCCUCAAACAAAAUUCGAGAUUAGGAUGUCAAAUUACUUUAACCAAAGAUCUGGACGGUUUAGAAGUUGAACUGCCAAAGGCAACGAGGAAUUUCUACGUAGACGGUCACACUCCCAAACCACACUAACUUCAAAACCACACUGAUAUUUACUUGUAAAUAAAUUUAUACGCAGAUUUAUAUUGUAUAAAAUAUGUAAUAGUUCAAAAUAAAAAU